UAAUAAAUGGAAAGGUCAGGAUCCAUAUUAAGUUUUCUGGUCUUUAAAAUAAUUCUUUUUUUUGUUAUGUUGCAGAGGUCAAUGAAUAGUGGAAGUCUGUUAUGUAAAGACAUCACAAGAGUUCAAAUAGUAAAUAUGCUCAAAAAGAAUAAAUCCACAGUACUUAGGUUUCUAACUUAAGUUGAAGUCGUUUAAAUAUGUUUCUAAACUUCUUAUCCUGUAAAAGAAAAACAUCUGCCUUUACAAAGCAUUCUUUCCAUGAGUUGAAUAGACUGACCCUAAAACAGCCAUUUCUUUAUUACCUGAUUUUCUUUUUUUUACAUAGAUCUCACUCUUGCCCUUCAUAAGAAUGCAAGUUGUUCUUUGUUAAAAACAUAGUCAAAGCACUCAUCAGCAAAAAGCUUGAGAACUUGACAUUGGUAUUUAGACUCUGGUGUGUGUCUUGGGUACCGUUUCAAGGUUGGAUGUUUUCACAGCCAUGAGGAAUCUCUCGGUGGUGACUGAAUUCAUCCUGCUGGGCAUCCCACACACGGAGGGUCUGGAGACUAUGCUCUUGGUCCUGUUUUUGUCCUUCUACAUCUUCACCCUCAUGGGGAACCUGCUCAUCCUGCUGGCUAUUCUCUCCUCCGCUCAGCUUCACACACCCAUGUACUUCUUCCUGUGCAAGUUGUCUAUAUUUGACAUAUUUUUCCCUUCUGUGAGUUCCCCUAAGAUGCUGUGCUAUCUUUCAGGAAAUAGCCGAGCCAUCUCCUAUGCAGGCUGCGCAUCCCAGCUCUUCUUCUACCAUUUCCUGGGCUGCACUGAGUGUUUCCUGUACACGGUGAUGGCCUACGACCGCUUUGUUGCCAUUUGUCACCCUCUACGCUACACCAUAAUCAUGAGCCCCAGAGCCUGCGUCAUCCUAGCCAUGGGGACCUCAUUCUUCGGCUGCAUUCAGGCCACCUUUCUAACCACUCUCACCUUUCAAUUGCCUUACUGUGGCCCCAAUAAGGUGGAGUAUUAUUUCUGUGAUAUCCCAGUCAUGCUGAAACUGGCUUGUGCAGAUACGUCAGCCCUGGAGAUGGUGGGGUUCAUCAGUGUGGGCCUCAUGCCCCUCAGCUGUUUCCUUCUCAUUCUCACCUCCUACAGCCGCAUCAUCUGCUCCAUCCUGCAGAUCCGCUCUGCUGAGGGCCGACACCAUGCAUUCUCUACCUGCAGUGCCCACCUCACUGCCAUCCUGCUUUUUUACAUGCCAGUGGUCCUUAUUUACCUGAGACCGACCCCAAGCCCCUGGUUGGAUGCAACUGUUCAGAUACUGAACAACUUGGUCACCCCCAUGCUGAACCCUUUAAUCUACAGUCUCAGGAAUAAGGAGGUGAAAUCAUCACUAAGGAAGGUCCUCCAUCAGCUGGGCUUUCUUCCUGAGCAGUUGCAGAGAGAAAUAACUAACUGGCACUUCAACCACAAUUCAUAGCUUAUAACUAUUUUUAUUUGGUUCUCACAAAUAUUUUUCAAUUGAGGAUGCAGGUAUUAUUAUUUCUGUUUUACAAUGUUGGGACUCAGAUUCAAAGUAACUUGUCCAAGGACAUGUAAGGAGUGAAUGAUGGCAGAAUGAGGACUCUAGAGCUGGUUUUGUGACUCUGGAACCUGUGCUCUGUUGAGGAAAUCAUACAGAGAAGGGGAGAGACAGAGAGAAAGAGAGAGAGAAAGAUUGAGAGAAAGAAACUCUCCUCAGUAAGCAGAACAGCCUGGAGCUUCUGCUUCUCAAUCUUUACUUUCUUCAUUCUCCCACAUCUCCUCCUCCUCUUCAUUUCCCUCAUGCCCUGACAUGUCUUCAUUUUGACUGCAGUGACUAUAUCCUCUAAUGCCUGCAUUGGAUAAGCCCUCAUUUUUAUUGGUCUACAAGUUGUUAAAAAAAAUGUUAUUCAGUCAAAAAGAAAUGAGGAAUGCCUCCUACAGUGUGGAUGAACUUGAAAGGCUAACGCUCAGUGAAAAACAGCCAGACGCAAUAGGUCAUAUAUUACAUGAUUCCAUCCCUAUUAAAUAUCCAGGGCAGGUAAAUCCCUUAAAACAGGAGAUUCAUCUUUUUUUUUAGUUUGAUUGUGGGGUGAUGAAAACGUUUUGGAGCUAGGUAGAGGUGAUGAUUGUACAACUCUGUGAACAUGCUAUGGACAAUGUGAAUGUGAAUGUACAAAAUGCCACUGAUUUGUUCACUUUAAAAUAGUUCAUUUUUUGUUACGUAUUUUUUAACCUCAAUUUAAAAAAUCAUUCUCUCAAAAAAAAAUAAAAGAAAAAAAGUGGG